AUGGAGCCCUCAAGCACAGAACGUUCCCCGGCUGGCUAUAGCUACGGUUAUUCUGCGGAUGUGGAUACCAUCCGUGAACAGGAGUAUCCCUUGUUGAAUGAGACGACAUACCUUGAUCAUGCUGGCACAACGCUAUAUGCCAAGUCUAUGAUCGAGGAGUUCUCUCGACAAAUGACAUCAAACAUAUUCGGCAACCCCCACUCAAUGUCUCUAUCAUCGCAGCUUUCUACUCAGCGGACAGAUGAUGUUCGCCUCAGAAUUCUCCAAUUUUUCAACGCAGAUCCCGAAGAGUAUGAUCUCGUCUUUGUGGCUAAUGCUACGGCGGCCAUCAAACUACUCGCCGAUUCUCUGCGGGACUCUGACCAUCGCGGCUUUUGGUAUGGCUACCAUGCCGAUGCCCACACUAGCCUUGUGGGUGUACGUGAGCUGGCAGAAAUGGGACACCAAUGUUUUCAGAGCGACACAGAAGUAGAUUCUUGGAUCUCUGAACUCCCCGACAUUCAGACAAAGGCGCCCAAGCUCAUCGCAUUCCCGGGCCAGUCAAAUUUGAACGGCCGUCGCCUUCCUCUCAGAUGGUGCAAGGAAGUGCGUUCGGCAGCCCGGCAAAGCGGUAGCAAUGUAUACACACUACUUGACGCUGCUUCGUUCGUGUCGACGGCUCCGCUUGAUAUCGGCGCAGUGGCGCCCGACUUUACCGCACUCAGCUUCUAUAAGAUCUUCGGAUUCCCAGACUUGGGAGCUUUGAUCGUCAAAAAGAGUGCUGCACGUGUAUUCGAGAGGCGCAGAUACUUUGGCGGAGGCACCGUCGACAUGGUCAUUGCAGCAGGUGCACAAUGGCAUGCAAAGAAGGAGUCUUCUAUCCAUGAUCGCCUUGAAGAUGGUACUUUGCCUUUCCACAGCAUUGUGGCUCUCGACGCCGCCCUCGAUACCCACAAACGUCUUUAUGGCUCGAUGGCAAAUAUUUCCACGCACACUGCCUUCCUCGCCAAGCGACUCUUUGACCGAAUCUCUGUCUUGACUCACUGGAAUCAGACAAACGUGUGCCAGAUUUAUCAGACAAACGCUGUCUAUGGAUGUACUAAGACCCAAGGGCCCAUAGUUGCCUUCAAUAUACGAAAUAGCCAGGGUGAAUUCAUUCCCAAGACUGAGGUGGAGAAGUUAGCAACCGUCCAGAAUAUUCAAAUACGAACUGGGUCGGUUUGCAACCCUGGAGGUACUGCAGGCGCUCUUGGCUGGACGGGCGCAGAUUUGCGUCGCCAUUACUCUACCGGUCUACGUUGUGGAGAUGCUCAUGAUAUCAUCGGUGGAAGACCAACGGGUGUCCUGCGUGUCAGUCUUGGCGCAAUGACAAAUAUGAAGGAUAUCGACUCUGUCGUUGACUUUAUUGAAGAGUUCUAUGUGGAGAGGAUUCCUCCUGUCGUUGCUUUGAAUCCACCCCUCGAGGAGACUGACAUGGUUGGACGUCACUUCUACAUUGAAAGUCUCUCUGUCUUCCCCAUCAAAAGCUGUGGUGCCUUCAAAGUUCCAGAGGGUAAGCGCUGGGAAGUCAAAAGAGAAGGACUGGCUUGGGACCGAGAAUGGUGUCUGAUUCACCAGGGAACUGGUGCAGCUCUAAACCAAAAGAGGUACCCACGCAUGGCUCUCAUUCGUCCUGCUAUCGAUCUUGACCGGGGUAUCCUGCGUAUCACCUGCGGUGUGAUGACCGACCAAGUGAGCCUCGAGAUCUCACUUGGUUGGGAAGACACCAGUCUCAUUUCCACAUCUCUAUGCACAAACAGCAAACGGCCAUCUAUGGUCUGCGGCGAUCAAAUCUCCCUACAUGCUUAUUCUUCACCAGUAGUAUCUGCAUUCUUCUCCGACUACCUGGGUGUCCCUUGCACCCUCGCCAGAUUCCCACCUCAAACUGCCAACCGAUACUCACGACCGCCUCGCAUGACUGGUACAUGGAAAAACAGAUUCCGAAAGCUCAUCAUGCCCGGCUCAUUCCCGCCCGAACUUCCACCUCCUGUUCGUGAGACGAAUACAAACCCUCUUCUGCUUUCCAAUGAGAUGCCAAUUCUAGUCGUCUCACGCUCGUCCGUCAACCGCCUCAACGAAAGGAUCAAGGCCAACAACAAACACGGCACUGGUGGAAGCAAGGCCGUUGCCGCAGACGUUUUCCGAGGGAAUAUCGUCGUUGCCGAACGGCUUGCCCAACUCGGAGAUGUGGAACAGCCCUAUGCCGAGGACCACUGGUCAUCUAUUCGCAUCGGCCCAGAUCAGCUCCGAGUCGAUGUUUUGGAUGCUUGUCAAAGAUGCCAAAUGGUAUGCAUCGACCAAUUUACAGGUAUUCGAAGUGAGGAGCCGUUUUCUACACUUGCGAAAACAAGAAAUGUAAAUGGCAAGGUCUGUUUCGGCAAAUAUGCAGCACUUGCCCCGGAAGAGACAGAGGGCUUUGAGUCACAACCAGACCAUCGGACAGUCAUGGUGGGAGACGUUGUUGUGCCUGUAUACCAUGAUGAAUGA